AGUAGUUGUCAGCAGCCUGGUCUAUAGGCAUAGUUUUUUGCCUUUUUUUUCCGCAUCCAUUUGAAAAUUGCUUCUCUUCCUCUGCUCUUCAAUCUACCUCAGAAACUGAGAGUGGGGUUGGAGGAGAUGGAGGUAGUAAUAGACGCUCUUGCGCAAACAGCCAUUUCCAAUCUGUGGGGUGCUGUAACCAACUUGUUGAACGAGACCAAAGACUACAUCUUGAAUGCCAAAGGCGAUCUGGAGAAGCUCCAAACGAAGCUGGCAAACUUCCAAAAGGACAUCAAAGCUGAAGAACGUGACAGAGUUCCAGCAAGAGGGAUCAGGUACGAAAGCUGUCUUGGACCACUGCAUUCACUUCUUUUUACGAAGAUGCUUCUUUUCACUUCCAACUUGGUAACAAAAUCAACAAAAUCAAUGAAAGGCUUGAUGAAAUAAAGAAAGAUUGAGACAUGGUGUAUAGGCUCAAAACAACACCAACAGGGGGUGGAGAGAACCCUGUUCAUGGUGAACAUGACAACCUCAGAGAGACAACCCAUCACAUGGGUGUACAACCAUCCACGGGUAGGGGGGAUGAUAAAAAGGAGAUAGUGAAAAGGCUCUUGUCAAAUGACUCUACAGAAAGUAGUAAGACACAAAGGGGUGGUGUUUCUAUUAUUUCUAUUGUAGGAAAAGGAGGAAUCGGCAAAACAACUCUUGCAAAAAUGGUCUUUAAAGAAACAGAAGAAUAUUUUGGGAAACGUAGAUGGUGGGUUUGUGUUUCGGAAAGACCAAACCGUAAGGAUUUGUUACGGAAAAUAUUGAAGGAAGUGCGCAAGAAAUAUAAAGAAGACGUUGAUAGUUCCUUGAGUGAGUUGUGCACACAAUUACGGAACAAGCUCUCAAAGAAAAAAAUUUUGUUGGUCCUAGAUGAUGUGUGGGAAACGAAAUGGUGGGAGGAAGAGGUAGAGGGAACAUUGAUGACGGGUGUAAUGGGGAGCAAUAUUUUGAUUACCAGUAGAAACAAAAAUGUAUCAGAUGAGUUGCAUGCUUCUUAUAUGCAUGAAUUACGAGAAUUUAAUUUUCAGCAAAGUUGGGACCUGUUUCUGAACGUGGCAUUAAGAGAAGGCCAAACAGAACAAGAUUUGGUGAUGCAUAAUAUCAAAGAAGUUGGAGUGAGCAUAGUCAAGAAGUGUGGUGGGUUGCCACUUGUGAUUAAGACAGUAGGGUCCAUGAUGCUUACGAAGCAAAUGAGUAGGGAGGACUGGAAGUCCGUCGAUGAUAGUAAGAUAUGGGAAUGGAAGAGGCCUGCAGCCUCAUCAUCGACGUCUGAAAUAGGCGGCGAUAUUCUUCCUGGUCUCAUACUAAGCUACGAUGACUUGCCAUAUUAUUUGAAGAGUUGUUUUGUGUAUUGCUGCAUUUAUCCAAAGGAUUAUGAGAUUGAAAGGGAGAGAUUGAUCAUGCAAUGGGUGGCACACGGAUUGAUUGAGGAAAAGAAACACAUAGAUGUGGAAGCGACAGCAAACCAGUACAUUCAAGAUUUGAUAAGGCGGUGUUUGAUUGAAGAAAAUAAUCAUCGUUUUCAUGGCUCCCAACUUAAAUUGCAUGACAUUUUGCAUGACCUUGCCUCAUACAUAGGUGGAGAGGAAUAUAGCCAUGCCUCUAUUUCUCAACGCACACGCCAUAUGUCAUUACUUGCUAUAGACGAUGUAGAAGAGGCCAUGCAUAAUGCCACAGCCACAACACAUAAGCUGCGUACGUUGUUGAUUAAGUCAUUGCCUUCCGAGCACUUGACCAAUUUCAAGUGGCUGAGGGUGUUGUCAUUGAGGGGAUGUGAAAUGGAUGAGUUGCCAAAUUGCAUUCAAUGCCUUGCACUUGUAAAAUAUCUUGAUCUAAGCAAGUCUAAAGUGAGACGGUUGCCCAGUUCAAUCGGCAGACUCUGUAACUUGUCUGAAGGUCUGGAGAUGCUUACUGAUUUACGGACCUUGCAUAGGUUUAUGGUAUGCGAUGACAAAGGGAAGACAAGAGGCUGCAAUAUUAAUGAACUAAAAGACUUGAAGAAACUAAAGGGAGAAUUGUCAAUUGAAGGUCUGCGUGGGGGAAUGGUGAAAGUGAUCGAUCCAAAGAAAGUGGAGCUUAAUUUGAAGCAUGAGCUAAUUGGGGUGAAAUUUAUUUUCGAGGAGCAAGGGGAUGACAAAGUGGAUAGCGCUUCUGAAGAGAGGGGUUUGCUGGAGACUUUGGAACCUCCACAUGGCAUAGAGAGGUUGGUAAUUGGUGGUUAUAAAGGAGACACUAGGCCUGAGUGGUAUUUGGACACCAAUUACGAGGAGCUGCGCCUAGAACGUUGUCCAUCAUGGGCAGCAGUGAUAGGAAUUAAAUCAUUGAAAAAAUUGGAGGUCAGCAACUGCCCAACAUUGGGUGCAUUGCCGAGCAUGCCCUUGUUGAAGUCCUUGAUGAUUUCGCACUGUCAUGGGCUCAACACGAUUGGUGACUCGUUCGCUGUGAACUAUUGUGGUAGGCUGAAAACUCUCGCUAGAAUGCCUGCAUUGGAGUCAUUGUACAUUAGGGACUGUGAUGGGCUCAACACGAUUGGUGACAUGCCGGCUGUAAAGACGUUGAUUCUGAUUGAUUUGCCCAACUGGGAACCAACAUUUACUUCUAUGCCAUGCUUAAGAAAGGGGAUAUUUGAAAAAUGGAAGAUGGCAAUAGUAAUCGACGCACUUGCAGAAAAAGCUAUUUCUAGUCUAUUGGACGCUGUAACCAGUUUGUUGAGAGAAGAGGUGGACCUCAUCUUGAAUGCCAAAGAUGAACUCAAGAAGCUCCAGAGGAAGCUGGAACACUUGGAGGUGUCCCUUAAGGAUGUAGAUCACAAGCCCUUUUUCAGCAGCGAGCGCGACAGGUAUCUGGAGGGAGAGUUGAAGGACGUUUUUUACGAUGCUCAGGACAUCAUCGAAAAAUACCAAACCGAAAUUAAGCUCAGCAAAAGGGAGAACGAUUCUUUAACUUCAUGGAACAAGGUAAGAAAGCCCUGGAUCACUCUAUCCUCUUGCUUUAAGGAACAUGUGCGUGCUUCCUACAAAUUUUCUAAUGAAACUAAGAAAAUCAAUGAAAGGCUUGAUGCAAUAAAAAAAGAUUGGGAAAUGGUGGAUCUACUCAAAACAACACUCAAUAGAAGGUUUGAGGACCCUGUUCAUGGUGAACAUGACAACUCCCGAGAGACAACCCAUCACAUGGGUGCACAACCACCCACAGGCAGGAAGGAUGAUAAAAGGGAGAUAGUGAAGAGGCUCUUGUCUGACGAAUCUGCACAUAGUAGUAUGACUAAGAAGGGAAGUGUUUCCAUUAUCUCUAUUGUAGGAAAGGGUGGCAUCGGCAAAACGACUCUUGCAAAAAUGGUUUUUAGUGAAAUCGAACAACAGCUUGGGGAACGUAGGUGGUGGGUUUGUGUUUCAGAAAGGCCAAACCGUAAGGAUUUAUUGCAGAAAAUACUAAAGGAAGUGCACAAGAAAUCCAAAGAAGACAUUAACGGCUCCUUGAACAAUGUAAAAGAGACCAUGCAUAAUGCCACAGCCACAACACAUAAGUUGCGCACGUUGUUGGGUGCAUCCUCGUGCCACAUGACCAAUUUCAAUUGGUUGAGGGUGCUGUCAUUGAGGGGAUAUAGGAUGUAUGAGUUGCCAAAUUCCAUUCAAUGCCUUGCACUUCUAAAAUAUCUCCAUCUAAGCUGGUCUAAGGUGAGAAGAUUGCCCAGUUCAAUCAGCAGACUCUAUAACUUGCAAACAUUAGAUUUAAGUUAUAGUAGAAUUGAAGAGUUGCCCAAGGAAAUAGGCGAACUGUGCAACCUGAGGUAUCUUGGGCUGGAAGUUACACAGGAAUUGAAAUUUAUAGCAGAAGGCUUGAGGAAGCUUACCAAUUUACGGACCUUGCAUAGGUUCGUGGUAUGCGAUGACAAAAGGGGCACAAAGGGAUGCAAUAUUAGGGAACUAAAAGACUUGAACAAACUGAAGGGAGAAUUGUCAAUAGAAGGUUUGGGAGGGAGUAGAAAAGCAAUUGAUCAUGUAGGAAAUGCUCAAUUGCUAAAGGAGAAGCAUGGCAUAAUCAGUUUGCUAUUAAACUUUGGGUUUGCGACAUGUAAUGACAAACAGAGCAGUGCUUCUGAACAGAGUGGUGUGCUGGAGGCAUUGGAACCUCCACUUGGGCUGGAGUGCUUGAAGAUAAGUGAUUACAAAGGAAAGAUUCCAGCUUGGCAUUUGAAGACUGAGUAUUAUACCAUGCUACAUUCACUAAAGCUGGACAGUUGCUAUUUAUGGGAAAAACUAAUAUGCAUUACUUCAUUGAAAGCAGUAUAUGUCAACAAUUGCCCAGCACUAUGUGAAAUAGCUAGCAUGCCUGCCUUGGAGUCGCUGGAGGUGAAAGAUUGCAGCAGCCUAGAGCAAUUACCUCGUCACAUGCCGUCUCUCAAGUCGUUGAAGGUGGACGAUUUGCCCAACUGGGAGGGUUGGCCAGCAGGUGGAUCAGGGGAAACAACACUUACUUCUAUGCCUUGCUUAAGAGAGGCAGAUUUUGCGAAUUGUCCAAAGAUGCAGACACAAGGCUUGAUUUAUGCGCUAUCGCAACUGGCAGGGCAUGAGGGUCAAGCGACUCAGCUCCAAAAGCUGUCAGUGCAGAAUUGCCCAAGUGCAAGAUUGGGAUGGAAGUUGCUUGAGCAACUGCCUAACCUCAUUGAGUUGGAGUUGGAUUCAAAAUCAGCAGUACUAGUGCCAUCGCCAUUGCCAUCACAGGUAUCCACAUUUCUACCUUCCCUCAAGACUCUGGAAUUGAGAGACAACACGAAUGUUGAUGAGGAGGUCAAAUGGGGAAGGUUGCCUCAGUGGGUGUGGGGUCUCUCUCAACUGGAGUACUUGAGCCUAGAUUCUUUCUCUGAGGAGAUCAGCUUGGGAGGCCACUGGCAAUGCCUCCCCAAACUGAGAAGGCUAUGGCUUCAUGACUUCCCCAAUCUGAAGUCUGUGGUGGAGGUGAAUAAUAAUAUUACUGCCCAACAACAACAAAAUGGAACAACAUGUCCCUCCGAUGCACAGCAACAACAGAUCGCCUGCCUCUCCAACCUUCAAUCGUUGUGGAUUGUUAAUUGUCCAGCACUCGAUCUGCCGCAGGAGUUAAGGGACCGUCUUGGAGGAAGAAUGAUAAAAGUUCUCUAAAAUGUUUUAGUGUUUAAAAUUGAUGACGAUCUGAAACUAUUUUUUUUGGUUAAAUAUGUAUCUUUUUUCAUUUUGUCGGCUAUUUUCUUUCUCUCCCUUGUUUGAUUUAGGUCUUGUAAAUAUUUUAUGUUAUGUUUUUUAU